AUGGACAGCACUAAUCUCUCUGUAUUGCUCUUGAAUGCUUUCCUCUUAAGCCUGUCUUGUGCUGAGGAUGAGAUAGCACCUCUAUCCUGCCCAGAGUACCAAGAGAGCUUUGAUGGCUCCUGUUAUGAGUUUGUGGGUCCACCUCGUUCGCGUUCCUUCCUCAGUGCACAGGGUUGGUGUGAGCGAGGUGGUGGACACCUGGCCUUCAUUUUAAAUGACGAAACCCAGCAGUUCCUACAGAAGCACCUGCAGACGGAGCAGGACUGGUGGCUGGGUCUGGCACCUGCCUCCCCAAACCUAACACUGGACUCUGCUGCUGCUGAGGGUCCUCUCUCCUGGCUUGAUGGCUCUGAUGUCAGCUACUCUAACUGGGUGAACGACCCUGAUCCAGGGGCUGGCUGUGGUCACAUACUGAGGAGCUCAGGGUUUCAGUGGGAGGCAACAAGCAACUGUAGCCAGGAGCUGCACUUCAUCUGCCAAUUUGAAUCUGGGCGCUCCAUAGCUUGUGCUGCCCACAAUGCAACACUACAGUGUGGUUCUGGUCAGGUGAUAGAGAUUGAUGACAGCUUCUAUGGUCGUAAGACGGUUCACUACUGCCGGACGAGUCCCACUUCUUCAGCCACCUCCACACAGGAGGAGUGUAGCUGGAUAGAUGUUGUACAUUCAGUGACAGGAGACUGCCAUGGGCUGCAGGCGUGCCAAGCCACAGCAGAUGUGGCCUCUUUUGGUGAACCAUGCCCAGGGCUUGGAAGCUACCUGUCUGUGGAAUACAACUGCAAAGAUGGUCUCCACUUAUUAAUGAGCAAGUUGGCUGCCGUCUUUGACAAUGUCUCCAUAACAGUGAAGUGGCUUCUCCAUCCCUUCCAGGGCAACCUGACCUGCACUCUAAGUGCUGGAGAUGGGCACAACAUCGAUCCUUAUAGUCCAGAAGAGUUGGAGAGCAGUGUGGUUCAUAAAUACACCCGUCCGGGUGUCUUCAUAGUUGGGGUGGAGUGUACCACCAGUGAGUGGCAUGUGACAGCUCAGAAAGCCAUCACCAUUCAGGAGCCCAUCGGGGAGUUUGGCGUCAUUAAGUGCUAUAGCAUGAACCAAUCAACAGAUGGUGCAAACUGCAAGGCCCUGUACGGAAGCCCCCUUCAAAUCCAGGUAGAAGUAGAAGCUGGUACGAAUGUGACCUACAAAGUCCACCGUGGUGAGAUGUUGGUGGCCAAUUCAUCAGCAGUCAGAGGAAUCGUCCCCCACAACAUCACAGUGGGACCAGAGGUGGAGCAACAACUGGGCUCUGGCUGCCACCAGAUGACCCUGCAUGCCUCUAACGGGGUCUCGGUCUUGGGCGUGUCCACUGAGCUGCAGGUGUGUCUGCUGGAGCCUGUGGAGGGCCUGCUGGGAUCAGUGAUGGCUGAGGAGGGAGAGUGUCCAGACUCAGACCUCUACGUUAGUGUCUCCCUGGACCGGGGAACCCCGGUGCAGCUUCUCUUCCAGGUGUCUGGAGCCAACGACAGCAUGACCGAGACCAGAGGCAUGCAAAACAGCAGCAUGCAGGUUUACAAUAUCUCAACCACUAUCCAAGGAGCUUUGCAAGUGAAAGUCAGGGCCUGGAAUGUCUUCUCACACAUGGACGUGGAUGUGGGGAACACAACAGCAGGAGACCUCAAACACUGCUACAAAAAAGCAAAGCGAAGACCACUGCUACACAGAAUAGAUGGUGGCAAUGAAUACAUGGUGACAAGUGACAAUCUGAAAAAUGCCCAGUCCAGAUCUCUGAAUCUCAAUGUGAUAGCGUAUGGUAAGACGACAUCUGGCGCUGUCAAGUACACCAUUCAGAUACCAGGUGUUGCAACACUUGCACCUGUUGCCACUAACAUACCGCCUGCUACCUUACCGGCUGCUACCACCAUCCUACCGGCUGUUACUACCCGUCCAGCUGCUACUACAAUACCUGUUGCUACCAUCCCACUGGUAGCUACUACCCUACUGGCUGCUACCACCAUAGCGGCAACUACUACUGUAUCUGUAACUGUACCUGAAAGAACAGCCCCAACUACCAUCACCAGCCUCCCUUCCUGUGUAAUUUCCCCUCCGUCAGGCACAGUUCUAGAUGCUUUCAAUAUCACAUGUGCAACAACCCCCUGCUCCACAGGCAAAUGCCAAUAUUGUUUCAAAACUGACAAAGAUAAACAUUUGCGCUGCAGUUAUGGAAAUGAAGUAAAGUCAAUCUUCCUACCUCUCGGGAACAAAAGUUACAACUACAGUCUGUCUGUGGUGGUUACUCUAACAAAUGGGGAUAGAAAAACCAAUGCCACGAUCACUACUGAGGUGUGGCCAGCCAACUCCAGUUCCUCAGUGGAGAAUCUGCAGUCUGUGGUUGAGAACACUGUCGCUCAGCUACAGCAGCAGGGGUUGCUCACUGGGGAGACCCUGGGACAGAUGUUCAAGUCUGUGUCCGACAUUCUGAACAAGGGCUCCAGUGAGGAUCAGAAAGGUGCCAGGGAGGAGCUGCGAGAACAGAUGCUGAGCACCAUGACUGCAGUGCUGAAGAAUGUCCCCAACAACACUCCUCAGGAAGUGCAGCUGACGGCCAGAGCAGUGGCAGGGAUCACCAAGAGGAGGGAAGAGGUCAAUGCCGCUGCUCAGCUAGAAGCUAGCUCCCUGGUGGCAGACCUCAGCUCUUCCCUCCUCUAUAUGAAUGUCAGUGAGCAUGGUGGAGAAGAGAUGGUGCAGGCAGCUACACCAAUUGUAGAGGCAGCCAGCAAUAUCCUGGGAGUCUCUUCAAAUAGAAAGGUCUCAAAGACUCUCCUGAACAGUAUGGACAAUGUGCAGAGUGCACUGUUAAAUGGUAAAAAGGUUGGUCAGGAGCCUGCCAUUAUCAAGAGCCCUGAGAUCAGUGUGUAUGCUAACAGGAUGUCUCCAAAUAGCAUUCAGAUGCAGUCUAUAAACAUCCCAGAUAGCUCCUCUGCAAGCUUUUCCUUCCCUCCCCUGGGUGCUGAUGUCCUUUCUCCAGAGGAACCAGUGGAUGUGCGAAUGCUGAGUUUUGAGAAGAACCCUUAUUCUUGGAGUGAGGGGGGUAACAUCAGUGGUGCCAUGGGGUCUGUGACACUCACCAGACAGGAUGGAUCAGCCAUCUCUGUGGAGAACCUGUCUGAGGAAAUUGAGAUCCUCUUGCCGAGACUUGAAGGCGGGCAGGUAAACAGCACAAUCCUUGAACUGGGAAACUACAGCACACUGAUGAUUGACGUCCCUUCCCCAGACAUAACACUGGUGCUAAAGAUGGAGCCCUCAGAGGACAUACCAUUUGUACUGUUGCUGGGGUAUAAAGACUACCCAAAGGACAAGCAAUAUGUAGCCAAGACGCAGAUGCCUCAUCAAGGCAAUUCACAAGAGAGAUACACCUGGGUCCUGGGUCCCAAUGAUUUGACAGGAAAAGUUGGGGUGCAUUACCUUGUGGUGAGGCCCAUUGUAGAAGCAGGGGUUAAAUCUGUCAAUGCCACUGUGACUGUCACCUCCAUUGCUGCCCAGUGCAAGUAUUGGAAUGAAACCUUAUCCACCUGGAGUGAAGAUGGCUGCAGGGUUGGUCCUUUAACCACGCCAUUGGUCACUCAGUGCUUAUGUAACCAUUUGACCUUCUUCGGGAGCUCUUUCUUCAUCAUGCCCAACCUUGUGGAUGUGUCCCGUACCGCUGAGCUCUUUGCCACCUUCUCAGACAACCCCGUGGUGGUGUGCUUUGUUGGUGCCAUCUUCAUUGCUUAUCUCUUGGUGGUCGUAUGGGCACGCAGGAAGGACAUCAAGGACAUAGCCAAGGUGAAGGUAACAUUGUUGGAAGAUAAUGACCCCUUGGCUGAAUACCGUUACAUGCUGAAUAUCAGCACUGGGCAUCGGCGUGGUGCUUCCACCUCCUCUCAGGUUACUGUUACUCUGCUGGGCACGGAGGGAGAGAGUGAGCCACACCACCUCGCUGACCCUGACAAGCCUGUGUUUGAGAGGGGUGCAGUGGAUACGUUCCUGUUGACCACACCCUUCUCUCUGGGGGAGCUGCAGAGCAUCAGGCUGUGGCACGACAACUCAGGGGGGCACCCUGCCUGGUAUAUAAACAAAGUGACGGUGCAGGAUCUAGAAACUGGACAGAAGUGGCACUUCCUGUGUAACUCAUGGCUGGCCAUAGAUAUGGGCGAGUGCAUCCUUGAUAAAGUCUUCCCUGUUGCCUCUGACAUAGAUUUGAAGAAAUUCAGUAAUCUGUUCUUCAUGAAAACGGCAAAGGAUUUCCGCGAUGGCCACAUCUGGUUUUCUGUGAUCAGCCGGCCUCCAACGAGCACCUUCACCUGUGUCCAGCGAGUCUCCUGCUGUUUCUCUCUGCUGCUGUGUACCAUGCUGACCAGCAUCAUGUUCUGGGGCAUCCCUACCGACCCCUCUGAGCAGACCAUGGACCUGGGUCAUAUCGAGUUCACCUGGCAGCAGGUGAUGAUCGGCGUUCAGAGUUCAAUCAUAAUGUUUCCAAUUAAUCUCCUCAUUGUGAGUAUCUUCAGAAACACCCGACCCCGAGAGACGAAGCCUGGAAAGCCCAAGGCAGAGGUGUCCAAGCAGGGGAAGACUGGCAGAGUGACUCCUUCACAGCCUCCGUCCCCACAGAGGGAGAGAGAACUCACACCAGACACUGUCAUAAAGGACAUAAAGAAGAUUGCUCAGUCACUCUCCAAGGCUAUGAAGAGCCCCAUUCCACACCUGGAGUUAGAGAUGAAGCCUGGACAACAAACUGAUAUCAACUCUCUGCUCUCUCUGGUGGAGGACAUCAUCCGGCAGCAGAACCGAGCCAGUGGAGAGUUCUACACUGAUGCCUCCAAGAAAGAGGGAUCGCUCAUUCUCUCACUAGGGGUAGCCAAUCUGCAAGAGACCAGCCUGUGUGGGAGCCCUGAGAAGACUGGGGAUGGGAGACAGAAAAGGAGCAACAACAGCCAAUAUCUGUACAGGCAGCUACGCCAUGUAGAGAAGGAGCUGAGCCUACUGGGACCUUCUCGCUUCCCCAACCCAGACAGCUACUGCCGGGCAGUGCAGCAGGUCCAAGGCAUGAGGGGGCUGCUAGAGUCCCACCUCUCCUCUUCCAGCCUGGGAGGGGACCAGCUGUCUCAAAGCCCCAGCCCAGCAGAGAGCAGUGAGGGAGACAGCAGUAGUAAGAAGCAGGGCGGGCUGCCCUGGUGGUUUGUGUUCAUUGGCUGGAUUCUGGUGUUAGCCACCAGCGGAGUAUCAGGAUACUUCACCAUGAUGUAUGGGUUGACCUAUGGGAAGGACCGCUCUAUAAGCUGGCUCAUCUCCAUGGUCGUGUCUUUCUUUGAGAGCCUCUUUAUCACUCAGCCGCUGAAGGUGCUUGGUUUUGCAGCCUUCUUUGCUCUCGUUCUAAAGAAAGUUGAUCAGGAAGAGUAUGGGGAUGCAAAGUUUGAGGGGGAGCUCCGAAAUCCAGAUGACCCUGAUGUGGUGCGGGCUGUCAGGAGGGAUAGCACAUGCAGCUUCUACCAGCCCCCUCCUCCAACAGACAUCGAGAGGAUGAGGAGCAAUAUGAUCAAGGAGCAGAAGGUCUUUGCCCUCAUCAAAGAGAUUCUCACCUACAUGGGGUUCAUGUGGAUGUUGCUCCUGGUGGCAUAUGGCCAGCGGGACCCUAAUGCUUACUUCCUGACUCAGCACAUUCGGCAGAGUUUCAGCCAAGGGAUCUCAGACAGCAUGAGUCACAAAGAUGUGUUCACUUGGGCAAAUACCUCUCUUCUCAGCAACCUCUUCGGAGAGUACCCAGGUUUCAUCACUGAUGGGAACUCCAAACUGGUUGGUAAUGCCCGACUUCGCCAGGUGAGGGUGCAGAAGAACUCCUGCCGCAUCGCCCGCUCCAUGCGCCAGGCUAUACCUGACUGCCAUGCUCCAUACUCAUGGGAGGUGGAGGACAUGGGCUCCUAUGGGCCAGGCUGGAACCGCUCUGCGAGCGAAAACGCCUCAAAGACCAUGCACAGUCCCUGGCAGUACCAAACCCAGGCCAGACUCAGAGCCCAACCCACCUGGGGCAGUGUGGUCCUCUACAGGGGAGGGGGGUUUGUGGUGGACCUGGGCCCAGAGUCACAGAAUGCUAGCAGUACCCUUCAAUAUCUGUUUGACAACACCUGGCUUGAUAUGUUCACCCGAGCAGUUUUUGUAGAGUUCACUGUGUACAAUGCCAAUGUCAACCUCUUCUGCACUGUCACACUCAUGCUGGAGACCACAGCUGUAGGAGCGUUCCAGUUUCGCAGUGAGCUGCAGAGUGUCCGACUAUACCAGUCCACCGGUGGACUCCAUAUCUUUGUCAUGGCAUCUGAGGUCAUCUAUUUCCUCUUUAUCCUCUACUAUAUGUAUGUUCAGGGAAAGCUGAUGAAGCUGCAGAAGUGGGCUUACUUCAAGACAAAGUGGAACCUGCUGGAGCUCGCCAUCAUCCUCCUGAGCUGGAGCGCGCUGUCUGUCUUCAUUAAGAGGACCCUGUUAGGGAACCGGGACAUGGAGUACUACCACAACCAUAAAGACCAGUUUGCCAGUUUCCAUGAGACAGCCACAGCAGAUGCAGUGCUGGGGUAUCUGAUCGCAUUCCUGGUGCUACUGGCUACAGUCAAACUUUGGCAUCUGCUGAGGCUCAAUCCCAAGCUACACAUGAUCACAGCCACACUGCAACGGGCCUGGACUGACAUAUCAGGCUUCCUCGUGGUCAUCACCAUUAUGUUCCUGGCCUAUUCUAUCGCUUCUUAUCUAAUGUAUGGCUGGAAGCUGUACUCAUAUAGGACUCUCCUGGAUGCUGCUCUGACCAUGGUCAGCUUACAACUGGGCAUCUUCAACUAUGACGAGGUUCUUGAUUACAACCCGGUGCUUGGUGCGUUCCUCAUCGGCUCCUGCAUUAUAUUCAUGACCUUUGUGGUUUUAAACCUGUUCAUCUCAGUCAUCCUGGUGGCGUUCACUCAAGAGCAAAUACAUCACAAGCCCUCAGAGGAGGAGGAGAUAGUGGAUCUGAUGCUGAUGAAGCUCUGCAGUUUGUUUGGAAUCAAAAUGAAGAAGGAGAAAGAAGACAGUGACAGCCCCAAGGAGAAUGGCAUGACUGCCUCAGCAACUAACAAAGGAUUCUCCACAAUAUCCUCAUAGAUGUUACUUCUAAGUACUGGUGUAUCACUCUGUAUGUAUUCAUAGUGAGCUGUCAUUUUCAUUUCUGUUGCUUUCUAGGAGCGGUGAUGCUUUUGUUGACUUGUUGCCUCUAGCUGUUUAAUUAUCUAACAUAUCAUGCAUAAAUGAGGCUAUUUGUGCCGUUUUUGUGAUCUAAUGCAAAGCUUUAAAAAGAAGUUAGAGGAAAUAACAGCUCCUUCUGUUACC